AUGGAUUAUUUUCAAAUAUUUUGCUUCAUUAAUAUUGGAAUUUUAGGGAAAUCGUGUCUUUUACUGCAGUUCACGGACAAGCGUUUUCAGCCCGUCCAUGAUCUCACUAUCGGCGUUGAAUUCGGUGCUCGCAUGAUAAAUAUCGAUAGUAAACAAAUUAAACUGCAGAUAUGGGAUACUGCUGGGCAAGAAUCAUUUCGCUCAAUAACGCGGUCAUAUUAUCGUGGUGCAGCAGGAGCUCUUCUUGUUUAUGAUAUAACUCGGAGGGAUACAUUCAAUCAUUUAACAUCUUGGCUGGAAGAUGCUCGUCAACAUUCGAAUUCGAAUAUGGUUAUUAUGCUGAUUGGCAAUAAAAGCGAUUUGGAAGCUCGUCGAGAAGUAAAAAAGGAAGAGGGUGAAGCAUUUGCUCAUGAGCAUGGGCUUAUUUUUAUGGAAACGUCGGCAAAAACAGCAGCUAAUGUCGAAGAGAAAUUUAUCGAAAAAUUCAGGAAGGCAAAUGGUAUAAAACUUGGUCCACAACAUUCUCCGAGUUCUCCGAAUUCACCAGGAGGCAAUCCACCAUUAGGCGGAUCAGGAAAUUGUUGUUAG